AUGAUUAAAAUACGAAAUAAUUUAAUAAGUAUUAGAUGCUUAACAUUACGGUCAAUAAAUCCAAAUAUACCAGUAGAAUUCUAUAAGGAUAAACAAACAGUAGGUAAAGAUAGAGCACACGUAGAUGAUCCAGAAUCAAUACAAAAAAUAAUAGAUAAAUUGGAUAUAAAAUUGAAAUAUGGUUCCAAUUUGACAAUUAUAGAUACUAAUCCAGGUAGAGGAAUUUGGUCAACAAUGCUAAAUUAUGAACUAAAACCAAAAAAUCAUUUAUUACUAGAACCAAGUAAGAUAAAUCAAAAAAUGUGGAAAAAAUUAUUAGAAUCUAUAAAUUCAAAUGAAGAAAAUUUCAAUUUAUUAUCCUCUGAUUAUGCUCCUUAUAGUUGGAAAUCAUACAAACUAAUAGAAGAACAAUAUAAUUUCAAUAAACUAGGUUUUGAAAAAGAAAAUGACGAGCUUUUAGUAUUGGGAAAUUGGACUGGGGCCCAAGAUGAACCAACAAUUGCACAAUGGAUAGGUUGUCUUGGUGCUAGAAAUUGGUUAAUCAAAUAUGGAAGAGUAAGGAUUUUGAUGUUUAUGCCUUCCAAAACUGCUGGUAAAUUCCUAAGUGAACCUAAUUUCCAUAGACGUAAUAGAACAUCAAUGAAAAGAGAAUUAUUUACAAAAUCAAGAUUGAUUGCCAUUGGAGAUGAUACUACUGGAUCAGCAACAAACAAAGAUUAUAUAGCUGAGGGCUUUGAUCCAGAAGUUAUGGUUAGAGAUCAGCCUAUUUUAAUACCAGGUAAAGGUAUAUUGAAAAAUCGUUCUAUUUCAUUAGUUGAAUUCAUACCUGGUGAUUAUACAAUCGAUGAUAUACAGCUAAUAGAUAAUAACAUAUUAUCAUUAUUAUAUCUUUCAAAUGCAACUUUGGGUGAAACUAUACCAAAGAUUGGACCAGGUGCAGAGUACUUACUUACGAAAUUACCUCAACAUAUUUUAGAGAAAGAUAGACAUCAAUUCUCUGCUGAAGAUUUAAUCAAAUUUACUAAAGCUGUUGAAGAAUGGCCAUUUAGACCCUCUUUAGAAGAUACUAAUGAUUUAAUAAUACCUAGUGAAUAUUAA